UUUUCCACCUCUUCACUCCCAGUCUCUGAUUCGUCACAAGUCGCGGGGGAAUCGUUUCGCAUCACGGUCCACUCCCGACUCCCAUCUCAGGAUCUUUCAGUAUGCCCGGAGCCUUCGAGGAGGGGGCGAGGGGGCUUUAGCAAGUGAUGUCAUCAUCAACAGCAGUUCAGUCAGUCGUGCUGCGGACAGACAGCUGGUUCUGAGGGAAUGGUGGUGCUGUUUUAGAACAGAUUGAACAGUUAUCAUGGAAGACCCGUAUCCUACGUGCAAGGAGGACAUUAGCCGCGCCUUGGAAAAGAGCCGUCUCCUUUACAGCCAAUGGUCUCAGCUUAAGCUGCAGAGCAGAUCGAAGGAAGAGGUGGAGUGGACUUCUAACGAACUCCGGAACGCGCUGAGAUCGAUCGAUUGGGACGUGGAGGACCUCGAAGAGACCGUAUCGAAUCUUGAGAAAAAUAUACGCCGAUAUAGACUGACAUCCGAGGAGGUCCUCGCGCGGAAGGAAUUUAUCGGAGCCGUGAAGAAUGAGGUUUAUCAGAUGAAAGAAGCUGUUAUGGGACCAGACAAUCAGAAGAAACCAAAGAAAAAACCACCAGGAAUGGAUCUUUUCGGGAGAGGCGCUGGUGCGGGCUACACAUCGCUCCGGAACGAAGAAUCUCCGGAACACCGAGUUAUGGCGGGGCGUGCGUCUCAAAUCCAGCGUGGCCUCAUGAAUCAGCAGGAACACGAGUUAGAUCAGAUACACACCACAGUCGGUACAUUGAAGGUGAUGUCGAAACAGAUCAACUCUGAAUUGGACGAACAGAACAUGAUGCUCGACGACCUCGGCAACGACAUAGAAUCAACGCAGAAUAAAGUCGAUGUAGCGCUGAAAAAAAUGGCGAAGGUCCUGAACAUGUCCAACGAUCGGCGUCAGUGGUUCGCGAUAAUUCUGUUGACGUGUAUUCUGAUCUUCGUCAUAACGCUACUCAUCGUCCUGUAGGAAGUGAGAGAGGGAGAAG